GAAAUCUAUCUCUUCCACGUAACAUGAAAUUACGGUUUAGUCCUUCCAGUCCUGAGUCCACGCGUUAAAAAGGAAUUUCACGCUUCUUGGUCUUCACGCACACAAUUCCCCUUCUCUCUCUCAUUUGGGGCAAAAGCCAUUAAUAAAGGGUAUCAAAAAUGACAAUUAGGGUUUUUCUGGUCCUCGCGCUGCUCAUUUUCUCGUCAUCACUUCUGCAAGUUGCAAGAUGUGAUCCAGAUUCUGAUAAUGAAGCUGUUGAAUCAGCUGAGGAUGCCGGGGAUCUGGGGAUUGUUGGUGAGGAUGUUCAAGAUUUUGGUAGUGGGAGUUUUAGUCCAGCUCCGGAGGUGGAAACUGUUUGCGUUUUCCCUAAGAAUCCCUCAAAAGCUGUUGUAGCUGGUGAAGAAAGUGAACUUCUUGUUGGAAUUAAAAACGAUGGGGAAUCAACUAUUAAUGUCAUUGCCAUACAGGCUAGUGUUCAUCUCCCUUACCAACAUCGCUACUUGCUCCAGAAUCUUUCUACGCAGACUUUUAACAAUGCAUCGGUUCCCCCGUCAGCUCAAGCAACUUACCCUUAUAUAUAUGGCGUAAGCAAGUUCUUACAAUCUGGUGAGUAUGAUCUUGUGGGAACUAUUGUUUAUGAGAUCGGCCAACAGCCUUACCAGAGUACAUUCUACAAUGGGACAAUUGAAGUGACUGAGCCAGGCGGCAUGUUCAGUGUUGAAUCAGUGUUCUUGUUUUGCCUUGGAAUAGCCCUUCUUGGACUUCUUGGAUUUUGGAUACGCGGCCAAAUUCAACAACUAUCCAAGAAAACUAAGAGGGCACCGAAGGUGGAAGUUGGAACUGGAACAACUGAUGCCUCGAUGGAUGAGUGGUUGCAGGGAACUGCAUAUGCUCAAUCUAACUCGAACAAAUCGAAGAAGAAGAAGUAGACGCGCACUUCCAACCAGUCCGCUAUGGGUGGCAUAUACCGGAGGAGGUGUGCAGCAGCGGUUUGGAGAGACAGGCUCAAAAUGUACGAGGAAGGUGUAAAGAUUAAGUAGUUUUAUGAAGAAAUGGCUAUGAAAGUUACCUGCCUCACUGUUGUAGCAUGAGGAAGACAGUUUUAUGUUUUUCUCUUUGUUAGAUACAAUUCUGGAAUUUGAGCCAAACCAACUGAGUUGACUUCGCGAAGCUGAAUUUUUUGUAAAAUUAUGAGAUUUUGUUAGACUAUGGUUUUUCUGUCUUUUAA